AAAUUUAAUUGGCACAUCAGCAAAGGGAAGAGCAAAAACAAAACUAGAAUAGGCCUUCUAUAGAUUAUACAGUACAUACCAUCAACUAGCAUAGAAAAUAGAAGUAGGGCUACUCUACAGCACACCAUAAAUAGGCUAGUAUAAAUCAAAGUGUAUAACCAGUUAUAAGAUCUGGUCCUGUAAAUACCCAGCAAAGAAGGAUCUGAAAACUCCCUCCACAUCUGGAGGCGGAUAAAAGAUGUAUUAAGACUGCUUUACCAAUGCGCCUCAUCCCCCCUUUUGGACUAAAGUCCUGUGUAAUCUUCACAUGGACCCUGCGCAUGAAACUCAUACUAAUUAUAACAUAUGCCAAAAUGAAGCCCUGUGAGUCACAGAAUAAUUGCAGACCCACAUCAUCCACUUCAGCGGUGCUUGGAAGCGCCGUGUGCGCAAAAUGAGCGUUAAUGGAUCCCCGUGGCGCAAAGGCGCAUCAUCAGAGAAGACGCGCCGUUAUUCUGUCUUUCGGUAUUUAAAAUAAUCCAGCAGAGAGGUGUAGACUACCUGAGCACAGAUAUUUCUUAUUAGCUGUGACCCAGACUAACAGGAUUCAGCGUUUAUAUUUUUGAGCAGAAGCAUCGCGGUGAAAUUACGCACGGUCUGCAGUGAUGGAGACACUUAAACUUGUUCUGAUACUUGUUCUGCUUCUGACAAAUGUUUUCUGUCAAGAAAUGGAUGAUGAAAACAAGAGAGAAGGCAGCGAACAGAUCAAAUGGUCAAACUCUGAAGUAAUUCGAGACAUGUUGGUGAGAAUGAUCAGAAAACCAAGACCACGCCAAUAUCUCGGACUCAUGGGGAAGAAAGGCUCAGGAAAAUCUCAGACAGCACGUAAACGGCACAAAUUUCAAACCUUUGUGGGUCUGAUGGGUAAAAGGAGCUUUGAGGAUCAAGGAGUUCUGUGAGCUGCACACGGGGCCUCAACAGCACUGAGGAAAACUGCAUUUGUUUUCUGGCUUCGUUUCAUUUCACACUGACUACAACAUGUUUUUAUUAUUGUUAUUUAUUUAGUUUGGUCAGUUUGUCACGGUUUCAUAAAAACGUGAAAUUUAACAGUCGAGUUUGUCACUGCUGGCAAAGCUGAUCACACUUUUAGGCAACCACUGACAUCUAGUGGUGAAAAA